AUGCGUCCUCUGGGUAAAAAUGGCCCAUUAGUGCCCCGCAUUGGCUUUGGAACGAUGGGAAUGGGCUUUCCUUGCUCUCGAACAACAGCUCCAAUUCCUGAUCCUGAAAGACUUGCUCUUCUUGAUCGGGCUUACGAACUUGGAUGUACCUUCUGGGACAUGAGCGAUUUCUACGGUGAUGCAGAAGACAUCGUUGGCAAGUGGAUUGCCUUGAAUCCGGAGAAGCGUAAGGACAUUUUCCUUGCCACAAAGUUUGGCGCCAUUCGGUUGCCUGAAGGCUUCGGCUUCCGUGGUGAUGCGGCCUAUGUGCCUAUUGCGUGCGAGCAGAGCCUUAAACGCCUCGGUGUCGAGACUAUUGACCUUUUGUACCCGCACCGUCUGGACGGCUCCACCCCCGUUGAACUUCUGAUAGCCGAGCUGGUCAAACUGAAGGACCAAGGCAAGAUCCGGCACAUAGGCCUCUCUGAAGUUUCCUCAGCCACUCUCCGACGAGCACAUGCAGUCCAUCCCAUCGCUUGUGUACAAAUGGAGUACAGUAUUUUCUGCACCGAAAUAGAGUCUCCAGAACACAACCUGCUCGCCACCUGUCGCGAGCUUGGCGUUGCCACGGUUGCGUACUCGCCCUUCUCGCGCGGCUUGCUGAGUGGUGGCGUUCAAGGACCUGACGAUUUCGAAGAUGGAGACAUCCGCAAAUUCUAUCCACGCUUCUCCCGAGAGAACUUUCCCAAGAAUAUGGAGCUCGUUGCGGCAAUCAGUAAGAUUGCGUCUAAGAAAGGGGUAACUGUUGGUCAAGUAGCCCUGGCUUGGCUUUUGAAUCAGGGAGACGACAUAUUCCCGAUCCCUGGGACUAUCAAUCCUAAGUACAUCGAGGAGAACUUUGCAGCUACGCAUGUGGUUCUUACUCCUAAAGAGUCUCAGCACAUCCGCGAAUUGGUGGAAAAGGCUUCAGUGUUUGGAGACAGGUGGCCUGAAGGCCAUGGGCUUGGCUUGUUUGCUGGUACUCCUCCCCUUGAUGGUUGGAAAGAAGAGAAGAAAGAGGUAACUGUUCUUGGCCAAGUUAUUGCAGACAAGAAGUAA